UUAAUGCAACAACAGCGCAUUGAUUUCCCCUCACAACAAUAAAAGGAGGACGUAUUGUAAUUAUUUUUAAAGAACCGCCUGACAAACAACACAAACGCGAAUUAACCGCCCGGUUUAGAAGAAGCACCGCAGUGAGCCAUGCUGUCGGAUGCAGACUAUUCUGGGAAUGCCUCUGGUGCUCGGCGAGCCAAGAAGAGGAGCUCUGGGGAGUCACCGGGGGACGGCCAGACCCUGCGUUCCUCUGGAAGGCAGAUCAACGUCCGGGUGAAGCGCACCAACAACCCUCCACCUGGACAGAGCAAAAGAAAAGCCACAGACACAGAGGAGGAAGACGACCAGUCUGAGAAGAAGUACAGAAAGUGUGAGAAGGCCGGAUGCUCUGCCACGUACCCCGUUUGUUUUGCAAGUGCAUCUGAAAGGUGUGCUAAAAAUGGAUACACGUCUCGCUGGUAUCACCUGUCAUGUGGUGAACAUUUUUGCAACGAAUGCUUUGACCACUACUACAGAAGUCACAAAGAUGGCUACGAGGUCUUUGCUUCUUGGAAGAAGGUGUGGACUAGUAAUGGGAAAAGUGAGCCGAGUCUGAAAGCUUUCAUGGCAGAUCAGCAGCUUCCAUACUGGGUUCAGUGUACUAAACCGGACUGUAGAAAGUGGCGUCAGCUGACUAAAGAGAUCCAACUCACUGCCUCUCUCGCAGCAACAUAUCGCUGUGGGAUGAAGUUCAACAACAUCAAGAGUGAAGGACCGGACCAGUGCUCCCAACCAGAGGACUUGAGAGUGGCUGAGGUGACGGACAGCUGGUGGCAUUCAAUGCUGAUUUUGCCGCCGUUGUUCAAAGAAAGUCCAGCCAGCCCGUUCCUCGCUGCGUACUACCCCGACUGUGUGGGGAUGAGUCCGUCAGGCUCUCCCAGCAACAUGUCGCUGUCUGAGCUGAGGGCGGAUCACUGCAGAGCCGUCCCGCCACAAAUUCCAGGCCUGUGUCCGUACUUCCAGCCGUUCUACCAGCCCAAUGAGUGCGGCAAGGCUCUGUGUGUGCGGCCGGAUAUGAUGGAGCUGGAUGAGCUGUACGAGUUUCCAGAAUUCUCCAGAGAUCCCACCAUGUAUUUGGCUCUGCGUAACCUUAUUCUGGCUUCCUGGCACAAGAAUUGCAAGGAGGUGCUGACCUCCCAGAAAUGCGCCCUGCACAUCAUCGUCCGGGGGUUGGUGCGUGUGCGCUGCGUGCAGGAGAUGGACCGGGUGCUCCACUUCAUGACCAGGAAGGGCCUCAUCAACACGGGCGUGCUGGCGGUGAAGCGGCCUUUGCUCCCUGAGAGACACGGCUCCAGAAAUGUUCUCAUCAUUGGAGCUGGCGUUUCGGGGCUGGCUGCUGCACGACAGCUGCAAAACUUUGGCACUCAGGUGGUGGUGCUGGAGGCGAGGGAGAGAAUCGGAGGUCGUGUGUGGGACGAUACUUCUCUGGGCGUCACUGUCGGGCGAGGAGCUCAGAUUGUCAACGGCUGUGUAAACAACCCCAUCGCCCUGAUGUGUGAACAGAUGGGAAUCAAGAUGCACAAGCUGGGUGAACGCUGUGACCUCUUUCAGGAGGGCGGGCAGGUUACCGACCCAGCCAUCGACAAGCGCAUGGACUUCCACUUCAAUGCCAUCCUGGACGUGGUGGCAGAAUGGAGGAAGGACAAGUCCCAGAACCAGGACACGCCGCUGAGAGAGAAAGUCCAGGAGGUAAAGAAGAACUUCCUCCAGGAGUCUGGAAUCCAGUUCAGUGAGUUGGAGGAGAAAGUGCUUCAGUUUCAUCUCAGCAACCUGGAAUACGCUUGUGGGAGCACGUUGGACCAGGUGUCUGCAAGAUCUUGGGACCACAAUGAGUUUUUUGCCCAGUUCUCAGGAGAUCACACUUUACUCACAAAGGGCUAUUCCGCUUUGCUCCACAAACUGGCCGAGGGCCUCGACAUCCGCACAAAGUGCCCGGUUCAGGCCAUUGAUUACUCAGGUGAUGUUGUCAAGGUUACCUCCUCCAACGGCUCCCAGUGGAAAGCACAGAAGGUUCUUGUUUCAGUCCCGUUGACUUUACUCCAGAAGAACUUCCUUCAGUUUAACCCUCCGCUUCCCGAGAGGAAACUGAAAGCGAUCCACAGUCUGGGAGCCGGUAUCAUAGAAAAGAUCGCUCUUCAGUUCCCGUACAGAUUCUGGGACAACAAAAUCCAAGGAGCAGACUACUUUGGUCACAUACCACCAAGUCCUGACAAGAGAGGCAUGUUCAGUGUCUUCUACGACAUGGAGCCUCAGGGGAAGCAGGCUGUCCUCAUGUCUGUUAUCACUGGCGAUGCUGUCCCUGCUGUCCGGGACAUGGAGGACAAGGAGGUGGUGGAUGAGUGCAUGAAGGUCCUGCGGGAACUUUUCAAAGAACAGGAGGUCCCAGAGCCACUAAAUUUCUUUGUCACACAUUGGAGCAAAGACAUGUGGUCCCAGAUGUCCUACAGCUUCGUGAAGACGGGGGGAAGUGGCGAGGCCUACGACAUCCUCGCUGAAGACGUGCAGGGAAAAGUGUUCUUUGCUGGAGAGGCGACCAACAGACAUUUCCCUCAGACUGUGACAGGAGCGUACCUGAGUGGAGUCAGAGAGGCCAGCAAGAUGGCUGCUAUGUGAACUCUAUCAGCACUCACACACACCAGCAUGGACACACAACAAACCGUUAAAAACUAACUCGGACUGUGUCAACCUGAAUUUCACUGUACUGUGACGUGUCUGAUCAGCAAGACGCCACGGUGAAGUCGGGCUUCUCUACAGAUUCAACAAAGGAGGAGUGUUUUUUAUUUCUAUCAAAAGAUGCAAAAUUAGUAGCAAGGCAUGAACCUUCUCUGUGCAGCUCUGUCUGUGUCUUCAAUUUGAGUUCAAAUGAUUGAUGUAGGUAGCACUUUGUGAUGGAAAAGGUCAGAAAUGUUUUCAUAUUGAGGGAUUAGGGUGCAUGAAACAUUGUUAAACUUUGUCAUCUAAUCACAAUUUAAGUCAAAUUUAAUCUCCAAGUAUCAGGUUUCAAGAGAUUAUGUUGUAGUGAUGUUUCAAGAGUUACCCACCGAUGUUUUAUACGACUGUGAUGUGAUUAUGUGUAAUGGGAGAAAGGUUAGAUGUAUAGUAGGAGUACUUCUGUGGUAGCAUUUUUGGUUUAAAACAACUAUUAUGAUUUAAAAACGGUAAGAAAAAGAAAUGAGUAGUUCAUGUGUGUGACGAGUUGAAUAGUGAAUGAUCAGGACUGUACCCUCACUGUCUCAGGGAUGUGAUCAAUACACCUAGCAGAAAAUGUUGGAAGAAAAUAAUAAUUGUGAUUGGACAAUAAUGAAAAAUGUUGGAAAAAAAAGUAAAAGAACACACCAAAGGAGGUUAAAACUCUCCAUAUUUCUCUUGCAUUAGUUCCCUGAACAAUGUCAGCACUUUCCUCACUUUGUUUGAUAAAUGUUGACUAAUGAAGCUUUACAUGUAGGUCCUCAUAUCUCUGUCUGGAUCAGAACAUCUACAUGAUCAUGUCCUGUUCGUUCAGCGCUCAAAUAUUUAUCUUGUAUGUGUGUAAUAAACUGAGCUAUCAACUGCCAGACUGAUGAAUA